AUGCUACACCCCGAGCUUGCAUCUGACUACCUUUUCCCCGUCCUUCCCGGGGUGUUGUCGGACCCCAACGAAGAGAAGCGCAAUCCCGUAUUAGAAUUGGUCAAAAUGUUGAUGCAGGUCCUUAGUCUCUCCAAGACGACAAGUUUGGAGAACCGACUUCUACGUCGCGAGCUACUGGCCAUGUUUGAGGUGCGAGAGUUCAGCAAAGAGGGUCGAUUUGAGAAUCCGGCUGCCAGUCUGAAACUUCCCGAGCUUACCUGCAGCGCUUGCUGCUUGAUUCGAGAUCUGGACCUGUGCCGCGAUGAAGAUGUCCUCCCGGAUCCCGGAUCUGACCCAAGCAAGGCCGUGACAAAGCCCUGGCGCUGUCCUUUCUGCCAAACUGAAUAUGAUCGACUGGCUCAGGAAGAGAUCCUUAUCGGCCAGGUCCAUGGAUUGAUCGUUGGCUGGCAGACACAGGAUUUGAAAUGCUCCAAAUGUGGAGGGUUGAAGGUCAGCGAGUUCAUGGAGCAUUGCUCGUGCAGUGGCAAAUGGGUGGAAACCAUGGAUCGUGCAGAAGCGGAAAAGAAACUGCGCGUCCUCAACAGUGUCGCGAAGUUCCAUGGGCUUAAGCUCUUGGAGAAUGUGGUAGAAGGAGUCCUAGAACAGAUAUGA